AUGGUUCUCAAAACUUUCUCAUACGUCUAUCAUUGUUUAUCAUUGGCACUAGCCACAAAUUACACAACCGUGCUUCCUUUAGCUGUUGCCUUGUCUGGUUGCUCCCAGCCGCCCACAGUGUGUGGGUAUGUCUAUGUGAAUGAGACAGUCGGGGAUGUUGGGGGAGGGCUCGUGGGGCCUGAGCCUGACUAUGCAAGGUGGAGCAAUGACCAACACCAACUUUGCUAUGCUUGUGACUCUUGCAAGGCUGGGGUUCUAGCCAGCCUCAAGAAGAGCUGGAGAAAGGUCUCGGUCAUUAACAUCGUCAUCUUGAUCAUUCUCGUCAUCUCUUACGUUGUUGGCUAUGCAGCCUUUCGAAAUAAACUCGUGAUCUUUCUCUAG